UGUUUAAGUCAAAAUGGCUUCACUAGGCUUGCGUAGGUGUUCGUCGGCACGUGAGCUUUAAUUUAGUCAUUUUAUCAUAAAUAUCAAUAAUAUUACAUAACAAAAUAGUAAUUUAUGUAAUGAAACAUUAUUUUAGAACUAUAUUUAAAGAUUUUUGUGUGAUAAAAGUGGCAAUAGAAGUGUAAAAUAAUGUUUAAAUUGCAAUAAAAUAAACUCUGGAAUAUUUAGGUUAAGGUCGGAGAACUUGGAAGACUUGGCGGGAGAUAUUAGUGAUUACUUUUUAAUUUUAUUUGGAAAAUAAUACCUGAUUUAUAGUGUUCAUUAAUACUAUUAAUAUUUAAUUCAUUAUUUUGGUGCAUAUUAAUAGUAUGUAAAUAUGGAUUUCGAUGCAAAUUUAUUGACUAAUUUUAUUCCAAUUACUGCAACAUUUUCUGCUCUUGUUAUUGCUCUAAUAAUUGUUGUACGAGGAAUUAAGAAACGAUGGCCUAUUACUGUUAAUUGUUGGUUUUGCAACAGUUACACUAAGGUGUACAGAUCGGAAAUUGAUUGGUGGUUAUGCCCAUCGUGUGAACAGUAUAACGGAUUUUCAAAAGAUGGAGAUUAUAAAUACGAUAUACCAGAGCAACGAAGCAAAAAAUUAAAUAAUUCAUUAAAACCGUAUUUAUCUCCAUAUAAAAAUGAAUUGUCGAAGAAAAGAAAAAAUGGACUUUGUAAAAAUUGUAAUAACAAUGAGGAAUUGAAAUUAAUUGAACUACGUUCUGUGGACCCAAAGAGAUGGCGAGAUACUGAAAUUGAAAGUUUUAAACAGAAUUUGGAUAAAAAAUAUCCUUUAUGCAAAAAAUGCAACUCAUUUGUAAGAAAAGUUUUACAUAAACAGUCAUUAUGGCUUACUCAAUACAAAAUGCUUUUUUAUAAGCAGAAACCACUUAAAAUUAUCAUGACCAAUAUAUCAAAGUUUGAAAAACUUUGUCGAUUAUUUUUAACGUUGUUAAGCUCAAGUUUAAUUUACUAUCCAACUUAUCAAUCAUUAUCAACAAUCGGAGCUUUAUUGCAACUUAUAAUUAUGAUAAAGGCAUCUUCUUCUAGACGAAAUAUGGACUUAUUUUCACUUUUAUUAUGGAUUACAGUGGGCGUAAUUAUGCCACAUAGUGAUGAACGAUUAAUAAAAUUGAAGUUAAAAUUUUUAUCAAUAAUUUUAGAACACAUUACUGGAUAUCAAAUAAUUAUUUUUUUGUCAGUAAUUUUGGGUUUUAUGAACAUUCCAUCAACGAAUUUUACAGUUACCAAUACAAAUGUGUCAUUUAAAAAAUUAGAAACGCUAAUUUCUAGUCCAAAUUUAACACCUACAAUAUCAAGACAAAUUACUCCUACUAACAAUAAACGGAAUUCUGAUGUUCAAUCUACCCGUCCUUCACCCGUUGAUGUUACUCACUUGCUUACAUCUUCACCUCUUGAUUCGACACCAGUGCUGAAACCCACGCCAAUGUUACCUAAUUUCAGAAUAUGUGAUAGCCAACGUAGUUUCUCAUCCAACCUACCCACACACAAGCAAACUCAGUUAGAUAUAUUCACAAAACGUUCGCCAGUUCAAAAGCAUACUGAAAGGUAUACUCUGAAUGACAGUUUAAAGUCUCUGAAUAAUUUAUCUUUGAAUACAAAUAAUCAGAAACAAGCUUCUAAAAAUGUUAAAGUUUUUGCGACCAGAACGUAUGGUACAUCAAGCCCAGACUUAUUUCAAAAAAGUUAUAAGUCGUCGCAUAAAGAUUGUAUUUUAGCACCACCUAAACUCAAAUCUGUUACUCAAACAUCUUGGGUAGCUGGUGGUUAUUGGCAAAUGGGUAUGGACCCUCCAACAUUAUCAAGAUCAUCAAGCCAGAGUUCAGGCUUUGGUUCUACUGGUUCUAACUUUGGACCAUCUCGAGAACCAUCUAUUGUAAACGAUGUUGAUAAAUGUUCUGUAGUUUCUGAUGGAGUUCCUUGUUAUAAUCAGCCAUUACAACGACAUACCAGUUUAAACCCCAUCGGUUCAUUUUGCCAACGUGGAUCUACCUAUCGAUUACCAGAAUGUACAGGAUGUAUAAGAAGUCCAUCAGCAAACAUGAUGAUAACUUCUUGUCAUCCAUCACAUCAAGCUUCUUUCUGCCAUAACUAUCACAUUAGUGAUCAGUAUGUUCAAAAUCAUACUAUGAACAUUAUUCCAAGAAAUGCAGAUUUAUCAACGUGCAUUUCUCAUUCUCCUAGUAUUUUAACGAGCCCAAAUUGGCUUCCAGCAUUGUUAUGUGGCUCUAUUGUUUUCAAUAUGAUUGUCUUUUGCACAAUUUUGUUACGCUGAUCUUUAAAAGACUUUUUUUUUUUAUUUUGUAAAUCUGUAAAAAUUAUUCUACUUUCUUACUGCCAACAUUUUUUCAUACAUACAAACGCAUUAUUUAUAUUGAAAUUUUUAAACUUUUAAAAAAAAAAAUGAAAGAUAUU